AUGGCGAGCGCCGCGACGCGGGAGGUGCUGGGCAACCAGCCGCUGGUGAUCGACAAUGGCAGCGGGCUCAUGAAGGCGGGCUUCGCGGGCGGCGAGACGCCGCAGGUGGUGUUCCCGUCCUUCGUGGGCACGACCAAGCACACGCGCAUGAUGCCGGGCGGCGCCUACGAGGGCGGCGACGUGUUCGUGGGCAACCGCGUGCAGCACCACCGCGGGCUCUUCAAGAUCCAGUACGCCAUGGAGCACGGCGUCGUCACGGACUGGAACAGCAUGCACCGCAUCUGGCAGCACGUCUACUCCAAGGACAUGCUCAACGUGCAGAGCGAGGACCACCCGGUGCUGCUCACGGAGGCGCCGCUGAACCCCGUGGCCAACCGCCAGCGCGCGGGCGAGGUCUUCUUCGAGGCCUUCAACGUGCCGUCGCUCUUCGUGUCGCCCCAGGCCGUGCUGAGUCUGUACGCGUCGGGCCGCACCACGGGCGUCGUGCUGGACGUGGGCGACGGCGUGGCGCACGUCGUGCCGGUCUACGAGGGCUUCACGCUGCCGCACGCCAUCACCAGGAUGGACAUCGCCGGCCGCGACGUCACGCGCCACCUGCAGCUGCUGCUGCGCCGCGCGGGCUACAACUUCCAGACGUCGGCGGAGCGGGAGGUGGUCCGCGAGAUCAAGGAGAAGCUGUGCUACGUGGCCUUCAACCCCACCAAGGAGGAGCAGCUCGAGGCCGAGAAGUCGGCGCUCGCCAUCGGCCCAGAGAAGUUCCGUGCUCCGGAAGUGUUGUUCCGACCGGAGAUCAUCGGCUCGGAGGCGCGCGGAGUGCACGAGUGUCUGGUGCAGGCCAUUAUGAAGUCGGACCUGGACCUGCGCAAGACGCUAUUCUCGCAGGUAAUCCUCUCCGGAGGCUCGACGCUCUUCCCGGGCUUUGGCGACCGCCUGCUCGCCGAGGUGCGCAAGAAAGCGCCAAAGGAUAUUAAGAUUCGGAUCUCGGCACCGCCCACGCGCAUCUACUCGACGUGGAUCGGUGGCUCCAUUUUGGCUUCGCUCGCGACGUUCAAGAACAUGUGGAUCACCAAGAGCGAGUAUGAGGAGUAUGGAGCUUCCAUCCUGCAUCGUAAGAACUUGUAG